CGCACUGCAAAACUAGAUGUGGUUCAUUUCAUUCUCACCCAGACCCUUUCAGAGGACGCCGCAGUAUUGUUUUACCACGACUGCGAAAUUGGUUUCACCCUCCACCUGUAGCUUAAAAGUUGCGACUUUCCUUACUGCCCAAGAAAAAGUAUUGAUGUUGAACUUCGAAACACCAUGUUGACGCUUCGACUUCAUACAGAUUUCUCGUAACAGUCACUUCUGCAGCGCUGCAUAUCAGCACUUUGAACAUGGCUGUAGCAUCGACCCUCCUCUCAUCUGCGACGACUUCCUGUAGCGCUGAAGUUUCUUCCUCCACUGCUUCCGCUGAAAAGCCCAAUAAGCAGCAUCACGAUUUGCAGGAACUACAACAGAAAAUCAGCAAGAUGGAAGUAGAACAUCAAAAAUCUUCUUCUUCUGCGGACAAGAUGAUACAAGUUGUAAAUCGCGAACAACAUCAAACCGCGCCGGGUCCUCAAAGCACCACGGCGACAACGACAGUAUCCAAGCAGAACAAGAAGGAAUGGAAGAAGAAACAGAAGGACUUGCAGGGGAGGCUGAACGAGGCAUGCAGGAAGAGGAAUGUAGCGGAUGGUCUUGACAACAAACGAAAUCAACGCCAGCAUUCCUGGACGGAAAUCCAGGCAGUUUAUGAAGACUGGAUGGAAAACAAUCCGGAUGUGUAUGACUUGCUCAGAUGUUUUUACAAUCUCAAACGUUACAAUAGAGUCUGGAUUUGGUCUUGCAUGAUGAGCAUGACAGACUCGGACAGCAUUCCGCUUUCUGCAAUACAAAUUUCCCCAGAUUGUAGUGCGAUUGGGGACCACUCCGGGACUUGGCAUGCGCAAAUUCCUAUGAGAGUCGGCUAGAUAAUGCACUUCCUGCAUCACAGAUUUGCAUAUUGUGUCGAAUAACGUUUGAGAUUGUAAAAACACCUGAGCAGGUUAUAAUGUGCCGAAACCGAGCUGCCUGUUCGCGCAAACCAUGCAGGGAGUUGUGGAAGAAAUCGUGUUGAUGGUGGAUAAUUUUUCGUCUAGCAGUAGUAGUUCCUGCAUGACAAAGACAAACCAACAGCAGCAAGCCGAAGAAGUGACGAAGAUCGCCUUUUUCAUCCAAAAGGUGUUUGAGGAGGCCAAGAAGCACUUUUUCGCCUCCAAUCCCAACGCAAACGCGGGCAACUCGAAUUUGAAAAAUCUCGAGUCCUUGUUGUACUUGCUCUUCCGCAGUUAUUGCGCGGAAAUGAAGAUCAGGAAGAUGAUGAUGAUGAAUUUUCCUGUUGCUGGGGAAGAAGAAACGAGCAGUAGUGCUGCUGGCCGGGUAUCGUCUUCGGAGCAGGUUUCGCUCAUUGACAACGCGUUGGAGCAGUUUAUGACAUAUUUCGGAACGUCGACCAAUAAGAGCUGCAACACAGAGACAGAACGAGAGCCAACUUCUCAUGCGACAAGCGAUACAAGUAAAAAAGCCACGACGAUGAAGCCGGUGCACCAGGUGAAGCUGCGCACUUUGAUCCCGAUCUUCGAGAUAUCGCAAGAAAAAACUGUUUCACUGUAAACUUGUAAUGCAGAAAAUGCAUCACGAAAGUGUUUGUCUUGCUACACAUGCAAGACAGGCGAUUUUUAAUGGUGUUUUCCCUCAGGAUCCUCGCAUGGCAAAUUUUCUUUGUAAUGUGUAGCGAACUUGUAAUGCAAAACUUGCAAAAUCCUGACAGUCAAGCAGUUUUUUCUUGCGAUAUGAGAUGUUUGCGUUGUCAGGGGGUUUUUCCGUCGGGGAUAGUAGUAGAACUACAACUACACUACACCAAGAAGCUCCUUCUGCUCCGUCCAGUACAACUUCUGCUGCACACGACACCAGCAAGAACACCAGAAACUACUUCGCGGAAGCGGAAUUAUUCUAUGAGCAGCAAGUGGCGAAGCGGUUUUUGCAACACCAAGAUCCAACCGCUAGUGGGUCAUCGACUACAACAUCAACUGGUCCCUCCGGGUACAUGAACACGGCGUCGAUUAUCAUGCACUCGGUGACCAGAAAUUCUUCUGUGCAAAUUAACGACGACCAGAAAAAUUGGGAGUGGCUGUUUCUCUUCCGGAUCGAAACGUUACUGAACAGCAAGGCAGAUGAAAAUAAGUUGGAAAAGCUGCAAACCCUCUUAGCCGAGAUGGCGAAGGUUUGCCCGCGGCUGGGAUUGGUCAAAGCCGACGAGGAAGUAACUUCGGAUAACACGACCAUCCACCUAGACCGCGGAAUGGGCGCCGCGACGACGGGAACAAAUGUAACCGUGAAGUCCAAGCUUUUGGAUUUACUCAGAAAGUUUAAUUACAGAAUUCUGACGGAUAAAUCCAUUAUAUCUGACGAAACGGGGAUCUGUGAUUCUACAAAUCUCAAGCUGCAGCGCAAAAACCUCGUUUCAAAGGGGGAAUUGGAGAAACUGCUGCGGCUGAUAGAGCGGUUAGCAACGGAACAACAGCAGCAGACGUCUUUUGCAGGUUUUAGCACGCCAAGUAGCUCGCCGGCACCCUCGGUGGUUUCGGAACAGAAUGGAGCGGCGGGUGAGAAAAAAGUUGGAGCGGCUGUUGUUCCAGGAAGUGUAGUUCCGCCUCCUCCUGCUGCUGCAACGGACACCUCCCGCGUGAGAAGUUCCAAUUGUUCAGAGGAAGCGCCGGGUGCUGGUCCUCGUAACAGCAGCCACAACUCCCUCACCCUUCUCGAGCGCUGGCAGCUGUUCCGCUAUGCGGUUUUGGAGAAGCAAUUUUUGCACGAAGGGGCGAACGAUCAAUACGACUGCGUCCUAGACGGCGCGAAUAUCGGCCACCACUCGCAGAACCACGACAGGGGCGCUUUUUCGCUGGAGCAAAUCGACCUGGCGAUGGAGGAGUGCAAGAAACUGGGGAGGAAACCUCUGGUGAUCCUCCGGGAGCACUGGUGUCGGGACAGAGCGAAGAUUUUAUUGAAAGCGGAGCACGAGAGGACCACAACUACUGCUUCGAAUAUUAAACUUCUAGACGACAAGGGCCACAAAGCGGCGAAAAGGAGAAAGCUCGCGCCGUUGGGAGCGGAUAAUAUUAACACUACUAGCGGGAUGAAAAUGUGUCAUCCUCUUUCGCGGGACCAAGGAUCCUCGGUGAGCUCGAGGGAUUCAGGAUCAGCAGCGGAUAAUUUAGGACGACUCGAUUCAUCCGAUGUAGUACCGCGACAGGCAUCUUCAUCUUCCGUGUCCUCUUCAUUCAAAUCUAGCGAGGAUUUGGUUCGAUCCUCGCCCGAAGGUGGCACCCCGCGCAGUGAAGGAAAUCAAGAGAUGCAGGAGGAGAAUCGAACCCGAGAAGAAGAUUUACCUGCUACUGCCAAUGGUACUGCUGUUCUUGAUCAAGAAAACUUAAACUGCGACAAGAAGAACAUCCAGCACCCGACCGCCGCCUAUCUGCAAAGCCUGCAGAACCGCAAGCGCCCGUUGGAUCUGGACAGCUGGCACGAACUACCCAGGAAGUGGUAUGAGAACAAGGAGCUGCUGAUUUCCCCGAACAAAUUGAACGACGACUGGGUGUUUCUCUACACGGCAAUUAAAAUUUGCGCGCUGAAGAAGACUAGUCACGAAAGGGAAAUAAAGAUAAACAGCAUGACAAAUAUUAAUUCGCCUAAAGAAACUACGCCGCCAAAGGAGCUCUACCUGAUCUCCAACGAUUUGAUGCGCGAUCACUUCUUCCGCAUGCGGCACCACCCCAGUCUGCUGCAGUGGAGGGACCAACAUUUGUGUAAAUUCAACGUGUCGGGGAAAGUGCUGGUGUUGCAUCACCAGGAGCAAAAACGAACGGGCAGUGCAAUACAAACGGCUGGUGAAUCAAGCGAAAUCAAAAUACCUGCAGAAGAAGUAGGUGCUGAAACAGUUAGGGAGAAAGACGAGGUUCUCAAAGUUGUAGAGAGUAAAAUCGUUGCGGACUACAGUUCCGCGGUAGUGGAGUUGAUUACGCCUAAAAACUGGAGUGCGGAAAUACAACGGAUUGAUAAAGCAACGGCCCAGGAGGAGGACAAAGACCACCAGCAGGACCACGAGGAGAAUAAAACCAGGGACUACGACUGCAACAAGCGCGGCCACUGCUGGUUUUUCCCGUUUCUGCCUUCUUCACAGGUGACGGUCUCGCAAGACCCGAGACUCCGAGCGGCGAGUAACAAUAAUGCGGGUGGAAGUAGUUCUUGUGCAGGCGGGCACCUCCAGCAGUCGGGGGAAAGGCAGAACAAGGAAUUUUCUGUGAAGGACUGGAGAUGGGUGGUGGCAGAAUAUGCUGGAGGAGGUGAGAAUGAGAAAGGAAAUGGAAGCAGUGAUGUAGAAAGAGCUUCUGCGCGUAAGAAUGAGACGCUUGAUGGCAACUGAGUGUCAUAUGUCUGCUCAAGCCCUGGUCUACAACUUCGCUGAGAUUUUUACACCCUAAUUGAGACUGGCAAUGUUUUUACUGCGACUGUGGAAUUGCUUUUUGUUUUCGCGAGAUAUGUGAUGA